UCACCAACCAGGGCCAACCAGCAUGUCUUCAGAGCUGCACAGUGACAGUAACGUUACUGUUGUUGACUCCGCGCAACCAUGGCGCUACUCUACAGGUCCACAGGGUUACUUCUCAAACAUAGAUUAGUGCCAUCUGCAUUAGCAGCAACAAGGCAAUGCAGUACAGAACAAAGAAAGUCAUACACAUCCGGGAUGGCCUGAGGGUGAGUAUACAACGAGAAUGUUCAUUUUUAGGUGAACUAUUGGCCCCCACCCACAUGUCUUUUGCAGGUGGCCAGUAUCAAUACAUAGUGAUUGACAAAAAAGGUGAAAAGAAGAAUGUUGGUUUCAUCCAGCUGAACAGACCGAAGGCCCUGAAUGCUCUUUGUGAUGGACUUAUGUGUGAGGUGGGCAAAGCCCUUGAUACAUUCGAAUCUGACAGUGAAGUUGGAGCAAUUGUCAUCACAGGGAGUGAAAAAGCCUUUGCAGCUGGAGCUGAUAUUAAAGAGAUGCAGAACAGAACCUUUCAAGAGUGCUAUGGUGGCAACUUCUUGGCACAUUGGGACAGAGUAUCAAGAAUCAAAAAGCCUGUUAUUGCUGCUGUCAAUGGGUUUGCGCUUGGUGGAGGAUGUGAAUUUGCCAUGAUGUGUGAUAUAAUCUACGCUGGAGAGAAGGCACAGUUUGGACAGCCAGAAAUCUUGCUGGGGACCAUCCCUGGUGCUGGUGGCACUCAGAGGCUUACGAGAGCAGUGGGGAAAUCCCUCGCAAUGGAGAUGGUCCUGACAGGAGACCGAAUCUCAGCUCUGGAGGCAAAACAGUCUGGUCUGGUAAGUAAAGUAUACCCUGUGGAUCAGCUGGUUUCAGAAGCUAUCAAAUGUGGAGAGAAAAUAGCCAGCAAUUCCAAGCUUAUUUCAGCUAUGGCAAAGGAAGCUGUUAAUGCAGCAUUUGAACUGACUUUAGCUGAGGGCAGUCGACUUGAAAAAAGAUUGUUCCAUGCGACCUUUGCCACGGAGGACAGAAAGGAAGGCAUGACUGCCUUUGUUGAGAAAAGGAAGGCUGCUUUCCAGGACAAUUAGAUUUCCAGUGAAAAUAGGGUGAUUUUUAAACACAGUGAUAUUUAGUUUAUGAUCAAAUGCUGAUAUUAAAAUACUCUACUUUGCCUUAACUGCUUUAUAUAUAUAUAUAUAUAUAUAUAUAUAUUAAAUAUUUGUUUAAAAUACAUUAAGCCGUUUCAAAGAACAUUUUCAUAAGACAUCUUAAAGACUGUGGUCCAGUGGGCUCACAUUUACUCUUCCCAGUAGUUUAUCUUUUCUUGUGCAUUAUUCUUGAUUUAUCUAAUCAAAUGUAAAGAUUUUAUUAUGUCCUUUGUUAUAUAUGAAUUGUAAAUGCUGUUUGAUUUAUUCACCUACAAAAAGCUUUAAAGUAUCGUACAGUCUGGUGACAUUAUAUGUGCUUGACACAGAUGCUUGCAAGAAUACUCGUAUGUUAGUAGAGAGAAAAAAAGCCUUGUUUGGAUAGGAAAUUACUUAAAGUAUCAAGGGCUGUUUAUGAAUUCUUGAAAAGGUUUGCUUAUUUACACUAUAAAUAGAGUGAUCCAGUACAGUAACUUGUGUAGUUGUAGUUAUAAUUCCUAUGACAUUUGUUCAUGGUUUUGCAAAAAGUCUGUAUUAGUAAUGUGUAUAAAAUAUCAUACUCUUUUAUGCCAGCCUUUGUUGAAAUGCUCAAAAAAAAAUACGGAUUUUCAUACCCACUCUAAUUCGCCUGAUAUACAGAAUAUGCUGAUCUGGCAGUUUUAAUUAUGGAAAUUAAUUCAGACCUGUAACACAUCGCAGUGACCCCUCGCUAGGUGGUGCUAUUAAUGUAUUUCUACGUUUUUUCUUUUUCUUUUCUUUUUUGAUGCUCAAAACAUUGCAAAAGAACCAGGGGUAGCCUACAACAGAAAUACGACAGUAAUCAUACAAAUAAAAAAACACACAAGAUUACACAAAAGUCUUAAAAGUACUACACACUUCCACAGUUUUAAUGGUUUUCAUUUUAGUAGGCUACUGAUCUUAAUUGAAUCU